UUUUAUAGUCGACUGUGAACCACACAGCUGGCCCAAAUUGACCUAAUGGACGGAGUUUUACGAUAAAACAACUCAUUUUAUUCCCGUACAGUGGUCGUGUUCGUGCUCAAUGGUAGUGAAACCCUCCCUCUGAAAUGUAUCUUUUACUUUAUGCGGCCGAUAGUUUGCUUUACGGCUUAUUUAGUUCGUUAUUCUGUCGCUAACCGGCUUGUGUUGUUGCUGGACAGUAUCGUAGCUAGUUUAAAAUGACUCUUCCAGCUUUGCACAACACCGGCGUGCUUUACAGGAGAAUACUGUCACAGUUUCCGCAGGACAUCAGUUUAGCUUUUGCCUACGGAUCUGGCGUAUUUAAACAGCAUGGGACCAGCCAAGGUCAAAUGGAGAAAAAUAUGCUGGACUUUGUGUUUGCUGUGGACGACCCAGUGACGUGGCACACCAUGAACCUGCUGCAGAAUCGCAAACACUACUCUAUCCUGAAGCUGCUGGGUCCCACGAUGAUCAGCUCCAUACAGAAUGAACACGGGGCUUCUGUUUACUACAACACACUGGUGCCUGUGGAUGGCAGGAUAAUCAAAUAUGGUGUGAUCAGCACAGAGUCUCUGAUUGAUGACCUGAUGCACUGGAAGACCAUGUAUGUUGCUGGACGCCUUCACAAACCAGUGAAAAUGCUGGUGCAGGGUGAGAAUGGGAAGCUCCGUGCUGCCCUGGUCGCCAAUCUGAAGAGUGCUGUGACGGCUUCUUUCCUCAUGCUGCCAGAGAGCUUCACUGAAGAAGAUCUUUUCCUGCAGAUAGCUGGUCUUUCUUAUGCUGGGGAUUUCAGGAUGGUGAUUGGAGAGGAUAAAUCCAAGGUGGCCAACAUUGUCCAGGACAACAUUCAGCACUUCAGGAUUCUGUACAGUAACAUCCUGCGGGACUGUCCUCAAGUGGUCUACAAACCUCAGCAAGGCAAACUUGAGGUUGACAAAAGCCCAGAAGGCCAGUUCACCCAGCUGAUGGCGUUACCUCGGACUCUUCAGCAGAGGAUCACAAAACUGGUCGACCCUCCGGGGAAAAACCGGGACGUGGAGGAGAUUCUGCUGCAGGUGGCUCAGGAUCCCGACUGUGGAGCAGUUGUGCAACAAGGUAUCUCAUCUAUUGUGAAAUCCUCCAGUAUAACACAGAGUAUUAAGGGCAUUGCUACAGCUGGUUUGUGGAAGACAGUGUCGUACAGCUCUAAAAAACUGAUGAAGAUGUGGAAGGGCUGGAGGAGGAAGCCGUCUGUCUCACAGAUAUCCUGAUCCUGUUCGUUUACCAGGAACCCGUCUGUCUGACAAUCCAACAAUGUCCGUCCUUUGAUUUUUUUCUUUCCUUACCUCGUCAAAUUGGCCAGAACUAUCACUUUCUAACCUCUGGUUGUAUCACUCCACAGUGUCUGUGAAUGCAGCCAAUUACCAGGUGUAGGACUGUGUGUGAAUAGCCUAGAACCAUGUCUGCAGCUGCCCUUUCUCUCUACAUUAAUAGAAGUCAUAGAAUAAAAGGUGACAUUUCCUGAGUUGGACUGAAUAACGGCUGACAUUUACUGUGACUACAGAUCUGGGCCUUUCUGAAUGAUGACUACAAUGACUCAUGAGGGACUGUUGAAUGGACUCACGUUUAAUGAAGAAGUGAAUUUGGUUUCAUGUGCUAGGAUGCCAUCUUUUGAGUCAUGUGAGUGUUACAUAUGUGCACAUUUCUCUGUGAACGGUGCUGCUCGGUGACGGAUGGUGGACAACUAAGAUGCAUGAAAUGGAGAAUAGUAUUUCUGUGUGGAAUUACGCUCAAAUACAAACAUUUCUUAUUCCUCUACUCGCCUUGCCAAAGAUCUACGUACUUUUGUCUUCCUCUUCAUGUUUUUUCGGUGUUAUUUCACUUCAGCUCAUUUUGGUUCACCUUGUUACUAUGAGCUGAUCAUACUGCAGUUCUUUGAUGAGAAGAUGCACUGACUGGCUGUUGAAUUCAGUGCUAAAAAAUGGGUUAAGUAAAUUUUUAUUAACACACCAUCAGUUACUUUGGCCUCAGUAGCAUGGUUUUGUUUUAAAUUAUUUUGUAAAUUGUUCUCCAAAAACAUCCAAAGUGAUUUAUUCUCAGAUAUAAUUCUCUUCUUUCAUCUGUUUCUAUUGUUCUGUAGUCAGAGUACUGUAGUUUUUUUUAUGUUUAGCUGGCAAAAUACAGUAUAUUACGGCACACUGAAGGAAAAUAAUGAGGAGUAAACAUCACUGUGACACACUUAAGUGAAAUGUAUAUUAGAAAUAUACACUACAUUGCUCUUAUUAUAGUGAUUUUACUUGACAAGAGUAUGUUUUUACUAAAAUGUAUUACAGGACAUUUUUACUGUUGGGAUUUUGACAUGCUAGAGCAGAAAAGUAUAGUUGAUGACAUUAAUUAUGGCUGAAUUUGCUCAAAGGUACAGCUAACUAAACCUAAGAUGUCAAUUAGGUUAUUUGUUAGACUUUUUCAGCCUUUUUGCAAGUCAUUGUAAUUGAAUAUUUUAUAUAACUAAAUAUAGGAUUCAGACAACAAACAAGUACCAUAUCAACAAGAAAUAAUAUUGAUAAAAACACUUUUUUAAUGUUUCUGGAGAACAUGUUGUAUCAUAAAUACCCAUAUUAUUUCUUUCAAGCAUGGAGAGUCUACAUUUUCAUUAAUGGGUGUAAAACUUGUCCAUUUCAACAUUAAAAGAUAAGUCUUUG